UUUUUUUUUUUGGCCUAUUGCCAACCAUAUCAUUCUUUUUCCUUUCUUGUCUACUACCCCUUUUUCUUUAAAAAUCUACUCAAUCAGUUUAAGAAGGAUCAUUUCAUUCAAUUCUUCAUCAUCAAUCUCUAUACAUGGCUACUGAUACUGUUUCAUCAGAUCAUCCAACUACUGUCUCUGAGCAAGCUGAGAAGGAAGUGCCUGAAGAGGUUAAGACUAUGGAAGGAGAGAAUGUUCCCCUUACCAAGGAGAAUGACGUAAAACCAAAAGAAGAAGAUUCCCCAAAAAGCGAAUCAACAGUGAUUGAAGAGCCAGAGAAGAAUGAGGAGGAGCAAAAGCCAAAAUCAGUGGAACCAGACUCCGAGAAAGUUAAUGACGGGGAGAAGCCAAAUGCAGAGGAAUCAUCCCAAGUGAUAACUGAACAAGUGAAGAAAGAUGAGAAGCCAAUAGCAGGCGAAGCAGCCCCAGCGAUAGUUGAUGAGGUAGAGAAGUCAACAGUAGAUGCACCACCUUCAGCAAUCAUAGAAGAACUAAAGAGCACUGAUGAAGAAGAGAAGCAAAAAGUUGAUGAGCCACAGGUCCUGGAAAUUGAAGAGGUAAAGAAAGCUGUGGAGGAGCAAAAGCCUAUUGCUGAUGAACUAGUUCCUAAUAUAGUUGAAGAAGUAAAGAAAGCUGAUGAGGAAGAGAAACCGACAACAGAAGAACCACCAGUAACUAUCAUUGAAGAGGUAAAGAAGAGUGAUGAUGAAGAGAAACCUAAAGCUGUUGAACCAAUUCCAACAAUAGCCGAAGAAGUAAAGAUAGUUGAUGAGCAGCCAACGAUAGAGGAACCACCACCAGCCAUAAUCGCAGAGGUAAACAAAAGUGAUGAGGAAGAGAAGCCUGAAGCUGAUGAACCAGCUCCAACAAUACUGGAAGAAGUACAGAAAGCUGAUGAGGAAGUGAAGCCUAAAGCUGAUGAACCAGCUCCAAUAAUAGUUGAAGUAAAGAAAGCUGAUGAAGAAGAGAAGCCAACAAUUGAGGAACCUCCAGCAACUAUAAUUGAAGAGGUAAAGAAAAGCGUCGAGGAAGAGAAGCCAAUAGCUGAUGAACCAUUGCCCCCAACAGUUGAAGAGGUAAAAGAAGUUGAUGAACCACCUUCUCCACCAGCCACAACUCACGAUGAAGAGAAGCCAAAAGCUGAGGAAUUGCCAAGCAUACCUGCUACUUCAGCAGAAUCAGAAGAAAAGACAGCAGACAAGGAAAUUGAGCCUCCUACUGUCGAAGAAGUUAAGAAACAAGAUGAGACACCUGCAUUGGAUGUCACUAGCAAAGAUAUUCCUGAACUUACCAAGGAAUCUCCCCCUGAGCCAGAAGCUCAGAUUAUUCCUGAUCAAGUUGCUGAUAUUACCAAAAGUGAACCAGAGGUCCAAACAGAGGCUGGAAAUGUUGAAACUUUUGACAAAGAAUCCAAAAUAGAACCUGUCGAGGAAAAGCCUGAGCAGCAGCCAGCAACAGUUGACAUCGUGGAAACACCAAUUGAGGCUGUUGAGGACAAGAAGGAACAAGUAGAUUUAGAGGCCAGUGAACCGCAAAAAGUUUUAGAGGCAGAAGUUCCAAAAGCAGAACCUAAGGAAGAAGCUUCAGAACCAGCUCCCAUUGUAGAGAAAAAGCUACUGGAAGCUACUGAAAAGAUUGAGCAAGAAGCUGCUGAGGCUGUUACCGGAAAUGAAGAAGUGAUACCAGUCGAUAAGGCAGAAGAGGCCCCAAAAGAGGAACCUGUUGUUCCAGAGAGCUCAAAUCAAGUAACCUCAAUUAGUUUAGAAACACUAAUGCAGAAAAUGGACGAGGAAAGUCCUACAGAAGUUGCUGCAGACAACGUUGUCAUUGAGGAGAAAGAAAAGGAAUUGGUUCCAGAGGCUACAAUUACUGAAGCACCACCAAAAGAAGAGGUGGAAAAUGUCGAAAGAGAAAUAAAGGAUGUGAAAACUGUAGGUCAAGAUGAGAAGGUGGAGAAGAGUGUUGCAACUGAAGAAUUAGCUGCACCAGACGCAAAGGGAGUUGAAACAUCUGAAGUUGCUGAAAAGGCUCCAGAAGUGGUGAUUGCUUCCAGAGACAUUGAACCAAUUGCGGAUAAUGGGAGCUCAAAGGAUGUCACAAUUCCUACAAUUGAAGCCAAUGAAGCUGCAGAAGUUGAGAAGAAAGUGGAUGAGAAUGCUACUGCUGAACCAUCAGUUGAAGAGGCUCAGAAGUUGGAGACAGAGACAAAAGAUCUGAAGACUGCUGAAGGUGAGAAAGAAGUUGAGGAGACGGCAAAAACAGAAGCUCCUAAAGAUGGUGAAGACAACAAAACUACAGAAGAAGUACCAGUAAAGACAAAGCAGUCAAAUAACCUUAUGUCCAAGGUGAAGCAGUCUCUUGUGAAGGCAAAGAAAGCAAUCAUUGGGAAGUCUACCGGCUCUAAAUCUGAUACAAAGAAUGAAGUUAAAACCAAAUAAGAUAAAGGGAAGAAACAUUACAAUGAUCAUAAGUGAGUUGUUUUAUUAGUUGUGUGAUCUUUAUUUUUCCUUUUCUUAAACCUUUUUUUUGGGUCAGAUAAUAUUGGUUGCUCUGUUCGGGAUGUCGUAUGAUUCUAGUGUUUGUCAUAGGUAUUGUAUAGUUGUGCUUUCUAGUCAUAUGUGACUUUUGAUUCAGUUUGUGAGUUUGUGGAGAAACCUAUUCAAUUGAUUGGAUGAUGAUG